UCCACCUGCCUCUGCCUCCUAGAAUGCUGGAAUUAAAGGCGUAUGCCUCCAUGCUUGGCUUUGUUUGGUGUUUUAUUUGUUGAGUAAUGAAGUGAGUGAAUGAAUGUGUGAAAAGGAAGCCUGUCAGGGGAAAUGACAGCCUGCAGAAAACUGUUUCUGGUAGAGGUGAAGAGUGGACAGAUAGGAGAAAUAGUUUGGGGAGAGAGUUAUUAGAUUGUGUUAUGUAAUUGACAAAGAGACCAUAAGGAACGGAACUGUAGACAGUGCUCAGGUUUUAGACUGGAGCAAGAAGGAUGGUAGGUCCAUAAGUUCAAUUCAGUGGACAUUUGCAGAAUCAACCAAUUCUUUAUCUAGAACCAGAGGAUGGGUUCACAUGCUGAGCUGCACUUUGGUAUGCUCUCUUUGAGAUAUUUGGAAGACUCAGUGACUACGCAGAAGAGACCGUUUGAUGUUUUAUGCAAAGUUGUGACACAUUUAGGGAUUGUUUCACAGUGUGUUUCUGUGCCCAGUGUAUUUACAGCUUUGCUCCAAGGUUUAGGUAAGGUCACUGAAGGAGGUCGUAAACUCUUUGGGGGUCUAGAAAGGAAGCUCUGUGAAAGCUGCUGCGUUACUUUGCAAUUCUACUUCAUCGGCCAGCCAGUGCAUGAUGUCACUGAUCAGAGUGAGUCGUUUCAGUCCCCGGGGAGGCGGAAGGAAAACUCUGAAAGUGAAAAAGAAGAAAGCUUCAGUGAAGCAAGAAUGGGAUGUAAGUCCAGGCGGUAAACAACAGGCAGGGCUAGGGGAGCACACGCCUGGCUUAGGUGCUGUCUGGAGCCAGUGUGAGAUAGGGUCGAAUACUGUGAAUGAUCUAACUGUUCAUCAGGCGACUCCUGAAGAUCUGGUGCGUCGUCAUGAAAUACACAAGUCAAAGAAUAGAGCAUUGGUACACUGGGAACUCCAAGAAAAGGCUUUGAAGAGAAAAUGGAAGAAGCUGAAACCAGAAACUUCAAGCCUUGAGAAAAGAUUGUCUGUCAUGAAGGAGAUUCUUUCUGAUCAAUACCAGAUGCAGGAUGUGUUGGAGAAAUCUGAUCAUUUGAUGGCUACAGCAAAAGAUCUGUUUGCUGAUUUUCCUCGAAAGCGUACAGGGUUUCCAAAUAUAACAAUGGCUCCAGAUUCCUCUCAGGGUCCCAUUGUGGUAAAUCAAGACCCUGUCACCCAGUCCAUCCUUAAUGAGUCUGUCAUCAAGCCUCAGGCUCUUAAUGAAAUAAAUGAUGAAGGUGAAGGCACUGUUAACAGCCAGUCAGAAGAAAGCGAGAGUGAACUGGAUAGCUCCCUCAACUUGCAGUCUAACAGGAAUACAGAGAGAUUUCUUCACCAACUAAAGGAAGAGAAUUCUGAGUUGAUUAAUCAAUUGUGGACUAAUAUUCAGCAGAAAAUAGCCACCCAGUCACAAGUAACUCCCCCAGGAACUCCAUCUUUGACUCCUUCAUCAGAGGAACAAAAAGUUGCUUUGAAUGCUACUGAUGCUGUCAAGAGAAUCCAGACCAAGCUUCAGCCUGAAGACUCCACAGAGACUGUAGACUCAAGUUAUAUCGUGGGGCAAGUGCUGAACUCAAGGAAGCAAAAACAGCUAUUGAAUAAAGUGAAAAGAAAACCAGAUUUGUGUGCUCCUUCCAAGCAGAAGAAAAAUAUGCUGUCAGCUAGCACAGCGUCCACAGACUUACCAAGUAGCAAUAAUUCCAGCCUGGAUGUCCUCAAGCACAUGAUAAAUGAAGUGGAGUGUGAGAUGGAGGAAUAUGAACGGUGGACAGGACGCGAGGUCAAGGGACUGCAGGGCGGUCAGGGGCUCACAGGCUUCACCUUGUCACUGGUGAGCUCUCUCUGCCGCCUGGUUCGGUACCUUAAAGAGAGUGAGAUCCAGCUACGUAAAGAAGUAGAGACAAGGCAGCAACUGGAACAGAUGUUAGGUGAUCAUCGAGAGCUCAUUGAUGCUCUGACAGCUGAAAUUCUCCUUCUCAGAGAAGAAAACCAUACCACACAGGCAAGACUUCAGCAGUACAUGGUCACAACAGAUGAGCAGCUCAUAUCACUCACACAUGUCAUUAAGAACUAUCCUGUGAUAAAUAACUCCAGACAAGAAAGCCAGGCGUCAGAUAGAGCUGCUUCCGGUAGAAUUCUUGAUGCUGCAGAGGGUCCCAUUGUAAGCACUAAUGUCUCCAUGCCAUUGAUAUUCAGAGGGGAAGAAAUGGUUGAAUUCCUACAGGAAGAGUUGCCUGUUAAACUGUCUCAGGUGCCAAACCCCCGAGAUAGCUUGAAUGUGGCCAGUAAUUUCCCAGCACAUAUUUUUGAGCCAGCUGUGUUGUUGACACCACCCAGGCAGAAGAGUAACUCAGAAUUUUCUCCUCUGCAGGAUGCAGUAUUGAGGAGAACUGUUCAAACUCGCCCUGCUCCACGAAUCCCGCCCACUGUGGAAGUAAUUGAUAAGGAACAGAAUUUGGAAAAGAAGACCUUACUCACUGAUACAGACAUUCAGAACUCAAGUGAAGAAAAUCGUCUCUUCACGCAGAGGUGGAGAGUCUCCCACAUGGGAGAAGAUCUGGAGAGCAAAACUCAGACAGCAUUUGUUAACCUCCCACAGCCCCCUUGCAGUUCCUUUCCUACCACUCAGCAAUCAAGAAGUCCUGUGUUCUCAGAAGAGCCCCCAGUACUGGGAGAUGGACAACAGCUCAAAGCAAAUGAGGCAUUGGCACAAAGGAAGGACAUAAUGGCACGGAUUGCUGAGUUGACACUCCAGAAUUCAGCCAUCCAGGCACAUCUGAAUAAUAUUACUGGGUCAGGGGGAGAACAAGGGGAUGGACUGCGGGAGCUGCACAAACAGGAAGGUGCCAGUGACAUGACUGCUACUUUUCCGGGAGCUCCAUCUCUAACACCAAGCGGCGUGGAGGAGCGGAUCGCAGAGUUGAACCGGCAGAGUAUGGAGGCACGCGGAAAACUUCUCCAGCUGAUAGAGCAGCAGAAACUUGUUGGCUUGAAUCUGUCCUCUUCACCAGUGUCACCUGUUCAGUCGCCUCUCCGAGCAUGGACUGAAGGAGGAAAGAGAACCAUUGAGGUGUCUGUGCCAGGAGUAGAAGCUCCAGAAAAUUCAAAAUGUAAUACUGUCUCUCCUGUCAGUGGGAUAAGUUCGAGAAGGUCAUCAGGGGCUACUAGUAAUUCUUGUUCUCCAUUAAAUGCCACCUCAGGAAGUGGGCGAUUCACUCCUGUUAAUCCAAGAACAAAGGUUGAGAAACAAAAUGAAGAAGGCUGGUUUGCUCUUUCCACCCACAUGUCAUAAGUGAAGUUCAAGUUGUGUUUUAUAGUUUGUUCUCAGUAAUUUAUUCUCAACCUUCCCUUCCCUUUUUGCUGCUCCCUUUUUCAAGUUUUGACUUUUUUCUUCGGAUAGAACUUGGAAAGAUAUCCUCUGAAUCGGUAUUAA